CACACACACACACACACUCAGAGUCUCAGUGGUCCGGGAUGGAGGUGCUUGUGUUCUCUCUCGGCAGCUGAGGUGCAACAGGUUGGAUGGAGAUUCUAUGGACUGACUGGAUUGUUCUGAUGUGACUGUAGUGACCCUCUGCAGUGGACUUUACCAUGGAAUUUCUAAGCGUUUGGUCAAGAUAUCAGAGGACGUUGGUGAUCACUGUGAUGGUGUUCAAACUGGGUCUUCUGUGCACAGUGGCAGCUGACAACUGUCUCUCGUCUCCCUGCAAAAAUGGUGCCACAUGUGAUUCGGUUACGGAUGAUUAUUUUUGCCUUUGCCCUAAAGAGCCAGUGUGGUACAUGGGUAAAAACUGUGAUGUGCUGUAUGAUGCCUGUAUCACAGCACCUUGUAUAAACUGUACCAGCAACCCUGGGACUGCCGAGUCCACGUGCCACUGCCCCGAUGGUUUGAUGGGGCGUUACUGCACCGAGGAUAUAGAUGAAUGUGACAGCAACCCCUGCAAUGGCACCAAGUCUUACUGUGUCAAUGGAAACAACAGUCACUCCUGCCACUGUCCCCGUGGGUCUGGAGGUGAGGACUGUCAGAUGAAUGUGACCAUUUGCUCAGAGGAAACGUGUCAGCACGGUGGCACAUGCACGGACAUCCUUGAUACUGGCCACAGGUGUCAGUGUACUGCUGGAUACCAGGGGACAAACUGUGAGAGGAACAUCGACGAAUGCCUGUCUACGCCUUGUCAGAAUGGAGCCAUCUGUAAAGAUGGUGUCAAUGCCUACCAAUGUUUCUGUGUGCCCGGAUUUCAAGGCUACCACUGUGAUUUGGACAUCAAUGAAUGUGCCUCCCGCCCCUGUCAAAACAACGGCACAUGUCUGGAUAAGGUGGAUCACUACACAUGUGACUGUGCUCCAGGAUUCAAAGGGAUUAACUGUGAGGUGGAUAUUGAUGAGUGUGAGGUGCACCCCUGCCAGAAUGGCGCCACCUGUCAAGACUACAUUGCCAUGUACAGGUGUGAGUGCGUGGCGGGCUUCCAGGGCCAUGACUGCGAGGUCAAUAUUGAUGAAUGCGCCGACGACCCUUGUCUGAACGAUGGCAAGUGCAUCGACGGGGUCAACAGCUACAACUGUGAUUGUGACGGAACAGGCUUUGUGGGAAACCACUGUGAAGAAGAUAUUCCCGAAUGUGCUUCCAACCCCUGCAAACAUGAGGCCACUUGCUUGGAGGGAAUCAAUCAAUACCAGUGUCUUUGCUGGCCAGGUUAUGAGGGAGAGAACUGUCAGGUGGAUAUAGACGAGUGUGAACAGAAUCCCUGUGAGAAUGGUGGCAUGUGUUUCCAGCGUUCAGAUGCCCGGAACUAUGGGCUGUUCCCUGAACUGGGCACUGCUACUCUCACAUAUGAAAGUGCAGCUGGAUUCAUCUGCCAAUGUGUGACAGGCUUUACAGGAGACAACUGCUCCAUCAACGUGGAUGAGUGUGAGUCAGCCCCGUGUCAGCAUGGAGGACAGUGUGAGGAUCUGGUCAACUCUUAUCAGUGUGUGUGUCCAGAUGGAUUUACAGGUGUACACUGUGAGGUGGACAUCAAUGAGUGUGAUAGCAAUCCCUGCCAGAAUGGUGCUACAUGCAAAGAUGCUGUCAAUUCCUAUAAGUGCCACUGCCCGCCGCCAGAGCCUGGCCUGGAGCCCUGGGGUGGGAAAGACUGUGACAUCCGCCUGGUUGGCUGCCAACACCACCAGUGCCAACAUGGAGCAGGUUGUUACCCCAUGCUGACUGAGGAUGGAGAGCAUGGAUAUACCUGCCUGUGUCCGCCUGGCUGGGCUGGAGAACACUGCAACACCUCAACCACGUUUUCCUUUAACUUUGAGGGCUACGUCCACAUGCAGCUGCCAGGUUUCAAAAACCGGACCAGACAAGAGAAUGAUGACCAUAACCACAGCCUCCAAAUGCAGCUGAGAUUCAAGACCACUCUACCUGACAUGGUGAUGUACUAUCGCGGCACCUUGGAGCGAUAUGCUUCCUUGGAGCUUGUUAGUGGCUCGCUCCAAGCCACGAUACUGUCAGGGAUGGUUUUGUUGCAGGCCAUCUACCCUGGCCCAGUCAAUAAUGGAGAAUGGCACCAGGUCUCUGUGACCAUGAAUGAGAGGCUGGUCCUGACUGUAACACCUGACAGUGGGAGAGCGUGGCGUGUAAUAAAUGAGUACCAAAACCAACUGAUCUUCCUCCAGUCCAGCUCCUUUCAACAGCUUUAUGUGGGAGGAGCACCACUGGGUUAUUUACGCCAUGCAUCCAGUGGGAGUGGGUUCAUUGGCUGUAUGGAAGACCUCAGAGUUGACCAUACACUGCUUCUGCCUCAGGACCUCAUCAGAGAAGAGAACCAUGGCCUGGAACUGGGAUGCACCAAACAAGACUGGUGUCAGGGUGACCCAUGCAUGCAACGUGGGCAGUGUGUGGACAUGUGGGUUCGUGCCAGAUGUCAGUGUCACCGGCCCUACUACGGAGAACGUUGUGAGAAGGAGUACCCAUCCUGGACCUUCGGCCAUGAGAACACCACCAGCUACUCUGCCUUCAGUAUCUCAGAAACCCAUGGAGACAACUUCACUGUUUCGUUUUUAAUGCGCUCCCUCAAACACAAUGGUCUGCUCCUGCAGCUCCGUCGAGAAGAAAAGCCUUACCUUACAAUCUACCUGAAGGAAGGCACUGUUGCUAUCUACAGCCCUCACACUACCCUGCUGUCAGAGGCUACAGUUGUCACAGAUGGCCACAGUAACUUAGUGACUCUUACCUUUCGCUAUGGCCAUGUGGUCUUUACUAAAGCAGGGGACCAUCGUGCCUUAGGUAAUGUGAGUGUAGAGGCAGGGGAUGUCGCUUAUGUUGGGGGGCUCCCUGUAGGCAACAGCUUGAAUGCCUGGGGUGGAAACUUCAAGGGCUGUCUGCAGGACAUCCGGCUGGACAACAAGCACCUAACCAUGGAGGGUCAUCCAGACACGGUGGAAGUUUACCAGGCCAGCACAGAGAUGAGCGUGCUGCAAGGAUGCCAAAGCGAUAACACAUGCAAGGAUGAGCCCUGCUUCAAUGGUGGACAGUGCCAGGUCACCUGGAAUGACUUCAAGUGUAACUGUUCCAUCAAAUUCUCAGGCCGGCUGUGUGACACUCGUCUGUGGUGUGUUGACAGUCCUUGCUUGGAUGGAGUGCGGUGUGUGGACCUACAUGAUGGUUAUGAGUGUUUAACUGAAGCCAUGUUCCACAGCAACUCUCUCCUGUAUGUUGCCAACAGCUCCCUGAGGAGUCCUGUUACCAACAUCACCAUGGACAUACGAACGCGAGACAAGGAUGGGAUCUUAUUGCGGGCCACCAGCAAAGCCGAGGUUUUCUGUGUGCUCCUGCUCAACUCCUCUCUGCUCGUCAAGCUGUACAGUGGGGAUAGUGCAGAGCUGCUGGCCUUCAAAAGUGAUAGGAACAUAGCAGAUGGAAUGUGGCACCAAAUCCAGCUGACCAUGGUUGACCCCACAAAGUCAGCAUCGCGGUGGCAUCUCACUGUGAAUGGACAAAGAGCUGGUGGCAGCUUCGGUGUUGCUGGCAAUCUCAACUUCCUCAAUGAUACAGAAAUCCGGCUGGCUGAGAAUUACACUGGAUGCUUAGCGGACGUGAGAGUGGGUGGAGUCUACCUGCCACUCAUAAAUGUUCCAAAAGCCCCUCAGAUGAGCAGCUUCUCCAGACUGGGUGGUCAUGGGCCAGUCAUCGGGUGCCAAGGUGCACCAGUUUGUGAUUCCCAGCCCUGCCUCAACCAGGGUGUUUGUCAGGACCAGUUUUUCAAGUUUAACUGCAGCUGUAGCUCAGGGUGGGAGGGGGAGCUGUGUGAGGUAGAGAUAAACGAGUGUUUGUCAAAUCCUUGUGUCUAUGGAACAUGUACAGACCUCCAGGCAGAUUACCAGUGUGACUGUGAGCCUGGAUACACAGGGAAAAACUGUCAAGAGGAGCUAGAUAACUGCCUGGAAUUCAGAUGUGUGAAUGGAGGAACCUGCGUGGAAACUGUGGGAACUCACACCUGCUCUUGUCUAACUGGAUAUAUCGGCAAGCGCUGUCAGUGGCGUUUCCCCCCAGUGGCGUGUGACGCAAAAACUGAAUGUCUUAAUGGAGGGCUUUGUAUCGGAGGCAGCACUGGAGGAAAUUGCACCUGCAGGCCUGGAUACACUGGUGCCAGGUGCGAGACAGAAAUAGAUGAGUGUGAUUCCAGCCCCUGUCUCAACGGUGCCACCUGUCUGGACAGACUCAACCACUUCCAGUGCCUGUGCGUGCCGGGCUUCAGUGGCUCGCUGUGUGAGAGAAAUAAGGAGGAGCGCACAGAACGAAUUCCCUGGCUGGUGGUGACCAUCCCUCUCCUCUCCCUGUGUAUGUUACUCGCCAUCCUGGUGGUGUUUUUCCUCGUCAUGACAGCCCGGAAGAAGCGUCAGUCGGAGGGCACAUACAGCCCCAGCUCGCAGGAAGUAGCUGGCGCCAGGCUGGAGAUGGGCAGUGUCCUCAAAGUGCCCCCAGAGGAGAGGCUGAUCUGAGUCCUGAAACUGUGCCUCACACAAUUACAUCCAGUGGAUGUACUGUAUCUAUGUAUAGGGCGUAGAAGACAUGUGUCCUGCAGUGUGACACUGCUGGGCUCUGUAGCCCUACAAAAAAAGAAGAUGGGGGACAAGUCAAUGACAUGUCCUCUGCCUGGGAAAACUACUGAUGUUGAAGCUUCACGAGUGAGGCUACUGACAGGGCGGUGAAGACCAAGCUGUCCUGUCAGGACUCCUGUGGUCCAAAUAUGCUCCCACCUGGAUCUGUCUAUGUUGCGGACAAUCUCAGGCUUAAUUCAGACCAAAAGCCAAUGAGCAGCGCACGAUCUAAAGGAAAGAAAAAACAAACCUGUGGAUGCAAAGAAAUAAAUCCACACAGACUGAAAAAUCACUGAAAUUUAUUCAAAAACCUUGAUCUGCAGAUUCCACAUCUGACUUUAUUUUGCAAGAUAGAAGGAAAGAGGAAUGUGAAGAGGGAGGAAAACACAUCUGAAACAAAUUCUUCCGAAUCACACUUUACUCUGAAAGUGUAUAAUAUUAUUCCUUCAACAACACAUUCCUUGUAAUUAUAUUACUUACAUCUACAAAGCACAUCUGGUUAAUUGUGAGAUUUUCUGGAGACAGAAACUCAUCAUCUCAUCUGACUGGAUGUUUGUUAGAGGCCUCCUGAUAGUGUUAAUUCUGCAUUUGUUCAGCUCUGAUGACAUAAUGAGUUACGUCAGUGUUUGUCCACCAUGUGUCUCUGCAGGUCUUUCAUGACACCUUUGGGGCCACAGGCAAAACGCCCAAAAUGACCCACCGUCAUGUCAUCACAGUCUCUUGUACAUAAAGAAUUAGCAUUCCAGUUACCUCAGUGGUUUUAAGUCAGACACCUCACCCGAGUGAGAUUUGUUCCAGUUUGUCAAACAAUGUCACAGAUUUGAAUCCUGUUUCAACCAACGCUUGGGUUUCCUCAGUCCAAAACCACACAGAGGUUAACUGGACACUCUAAAUGAAUCCCUGUAUGUUACCGUGCCUUUCUCCCUAUGUCAGCUGAAAUUGGCUCCAGUAGAGGAUGAGUGAGUAAUACUAGUAGAGUAGUCCUUUUGAUGAACACAACAUGCAGUAUUUUUAUAUAAAAAGUCAUAUAGCAACAUGUCCACAGACAAAACAAACAACAACAACACAUUUUCCACUGUUUAUAGCAGCCAUUUUGAAUUAAGAACUCAAAGCGUGAGGAAUUACAACUCGAGGGGGAGUUGUGAUUGAAGCUUUCUUCUCAGAAAGAAAAUGAUGACCUAAACUGUAAUGCACUAAAUAACAAUCAGAAAAACGAAGGAGGGUUGAACAAAACUGUAGUUGCUGUGGACUAAUCAGCAGAUGUUGGGAGGGGGGGGGGAGGGGAGCAGAUAAUUGCCUGCCUCUGAACUGCUGCAGUUUUCCCUGUGACUGAAAAGCCACAUGCUGCACUGAAACGUCCUGAAUGUGCAGAUGGACAUCGACCGCAGCUUCCGCAGCUGUUAAUAAAUGCUGUAUUACAUUGUGAGCACUGUAUGGCUAACGAUUUAACCACUAUUGUUUUACUGUGUUAAUGCUGUGAGCUUUUUACGUCUAUGUGUUGUGUAGAAUGUGUGUUUUUUUUUUUUUUUUUGUUUAAGUUCAAUUCACUGUCUUAUUUACUUUUUAAUUUUAUUUCUUCAAAGAAAAUGGUGUUUUAUGGUUGAAAAUGUAUUGUGUGGUCAUCAGACGUCAGUAUCUGUGGGAACAAAUUGUUUCAAAUGUCAGAAAUAAAAAAAAAAGAAUGCAAGACAACUGUAGCUAAUUUUUAGCUUAUUAAGGCAAUAGUUGUAGAAAUACAGAUGCACAGUUCUUUUCCAAAAGUGGAAUAAGAUUAUUCAAACCUAUCUAUGUUAAAUAACUAAAGGCAGAUACAGUUAGCCUGCAAUAAACAAUAUACAAAUUGAAGAGGUGGGAGAAAUUGCCUCCCUUCACAUAAAACCUUAUUUGUCUAUGGUGAUUUCUGACGUACUGACUUUUUUUUGCAGCACUUCCCAUAAUUUCCUUUACCUGUGAACGGAUGAGUUUGUUUCUUAUUGUUAAUAUUAUUGUUAUUAUUAUUAUGUGGUGUGAACACUCAAAACGAUGAAUUACAAAUGAAAAUGGCAAGUCAGUUCCACAUUUGUUUAAUAGUGGGAGGGCCACAUGAGGAAGUGUCCUCAUUUAACAUAUUUGAAUUACUUUAUGUUGUCACUUGGUGUUCAUUAAUGAAAUAACAAAUGAGGUAAUAUAAUCUGGUUUUAAUUACACAACUUUAUCAACUGUUACUUGGGAGACCACCUCAGAGCACUAACAACACAGUUGUAAUUAGCUGUGGUUUUACCUGCAGCUCCUGACAUCACCUUGGGAGUUUUGCCGGCAUUUAAUAGUCCUGACACUUCUCUGGUACAGGAUGAUCUUCUGCAGGUUUUCUUUUCAACAAAGUGAAACCACAUAAUGACACGUCGGUGACUUCUUCAAACGUAAGGCUCUAAGGAACAAGCUAAGCAUUUCCUUGGAGGAGUAAAAUGUUUGUAUAGUGCUUCA